CGGCCGACGAGGCCUGCGCGCCACCAGCGGCGGCGGCGGCCAGAGCCGCCGCGGCGGCGCAGGCGCGCGGUGAUGAUCGGGGGCUCCUGGCUCGCCGCCGCGCCGCGCCGCGCGCAGGGCCAGUGCUGAUGAUCCAGGACGCCCCGCGGGAUGCAGCCCAGGGGCACCGCGCGGUGGACAUCGUGCGUGGCGUAGCGGCGCCCACGGCGGAGUGGCGGUCGGUCCCCCCCGGCGUGCCCUGCCCCAGGGGCUGCGAGUACCGCAUGGACCUGACCACCGGUCUCAACCUCGUGCGGCUGUCCGCGCCCGUGGACCUGACGGGCAGCAGCGGCUCGUCGCUGGCGCUGGUGCGCGCGCCGGACAAGGCAUCGGCGGCCCGGCGCAUCACUUCCAAAGCCUCUGGAAGCGGCGAGAAGGCGCCCGCCUCGCGCGCGCUGGCCAAGGCGGCGCUGGCGCCCGCGCCGCAGGUCAGCAAGCCGUCGGGAGCUGUGCUGUCGGCCGGCAGCUCGAAAUUCAAGGCCGUGCACAGGGAGCACGCGGAGCGCAGAGUUUCAACGCUCAAGGACGGCACUUGGAAGGAGUCCAAGAAGGUCGUGAAGAGCCAGGCUCUCGUGGGUCGAGAUGUCGCCGGCGGGGGGAAGUUCGGCGAGCAGAUCACGUCCAGCAGGCGGGAGUCGUUCCGGAAGCUGGCCGACGGCAGAUCGGUGGUCGUCGAGAGCAUCACGGUGCGCAAGACCACCGUCCUCCCAAGCAGCGGGUAGGGGGCGCGCUCGGGCACGGCGGCUGGCUAGAUGGGAACGUCGCCACUGCAA